AUCCCAGGAAAAAACAACACUAAUCAAACACCAGCAAAAUCAGCUUCUGUACCCAAAUCUGCACCUGCUAAACUGACGAAAACACCUACAUCUACACCUGCUAAACCAACUUCUGUAAACAAAACUCCAGAUAACAAACUUAAAGCCGCUCCGACACUCAGGAAGUCUGUCAGUGAGCCUCCUGCUGCUGCUGAGCACACCCCAAGCAGAGUUUCAGAAACCACCAGAGCCUCCAUUAGAACAUCAUCCAGAUUAGCUCAGGAUAAACCAACAGACUCCAAACAGCUGAUGGAGACAGAAGAGCGCCCUGUGGCUACAAGAAGCAGGCAGACAGGGAGCGCCGGGCCAUCUGCAGAACAUGUGUCUGAAAUCAGCACUCAGGCAGAGGAUAAGAGAGAGACGAGAUCAAACAGAACUUCAGCAGCUGCUCCUGACAGGAAACCUGCUGCUGCUGAAACAAGUCAAGUUUCAUCUGUGAAGGAACCUGAGGGCAGCGGUGAGGCUGCAGGAUCAGGACCUCCCACCUCUGCAGACGUGGAGGCUACAGGUCGAGUGUCCACCCGGAGCAGAGGGACAGAUUUAAAGCUCGGUGACAUUCCUGCCGUGACCGCUCCUGGAAGGAAGAGAAAAGAAGAGAAAGAAGAAGAGAACCGAGAGGUCAAGAGGAAAAAAGAGGAGACUGUGGAGGAGAAGAAGAAAACCAGCCAGAACAAGGAGAGGAAAAAUGAGAUAACAAAGGAAGAGACAACUGAGAGCAGAGGGUCAAAAAGAAAGACAGAGGAGGAGAAAACMGAGGAAAAAGAGGGCGGAGUAAAGACCAGGAGAACUGAGAAUGAGGAGAAAACCGAGGGGAUGCAGAYGAGGAGAGCUGAGAACAAGAAGGAGACAUCGAAGGAGGAAACGAAGGGAACUAAAACACCAGUGAAAGAAAGUGAGGAAACAGAGCGAAUAAAAACCACAAAGACGCCUGAGGAGGACACAGAUGGGAGUAAGACGAGGUUAUCUGAGAAGGAGGCUGCUGGGGAGGAAGGAGAGGGAGUUAAAACAAGAGCCGAGAAAGAUAAAGAGAAAACUAAGAGAAUAAAGACGAGGAGGUCUGAGAAGGAGACACCUGAGGAGGAAACAAGUGGGACGAAGACGAGAACUGAGAAGGAGAAGACACCCGACAAGGAAGAAGAGAUUAUUAAAACAAAACAAGUGGAAAAGAGUGAGAAAACUGAAGGAGUAAGGACAGGGAGAUCAGAGAAGAAGAUGACUCCUGAGGAGGACACAAGUGGGACAAAGACCAGGAGGUCUGAGAAAGAGAAGAAGGAGAAGAAGACUUCUGUGGAGAAAGAAGAGAUUAUUAAAACAAAACAAGUUGAAAAGGGUGAGAAAACUGAAGGAGUAAGGAUAGGAAGAUCAGAGAAGAAGACGACUCCUGAGGAGGAAACAAGUAGGACAAGGACGAGGAGGUCUGAGAAGGAGACAUCUAUGGAGGAAACAAGUAGGACGAAGACGAGAACUGAGAAGGAGACAUCUAUGGAGGGAGCAGAGAUCAUUAAAACGAAAAAAGUUGAAAGAACUGAAGCUGUAAAGACAGGAAGAACUGAGAAGGAGAAGACACCCGAGGAGGACACAAGUGGGACAAAGACCAGGAGGUCUGAGAAAGAGACUUCUGAUGAAGAAGAAAAGAUAGUUAAAACAAAAAGAGCUAUAAAAGACAAAACUGACGGAGUAAAGACAGGAAAAACUGAGAAAGAGAAGACACCUGAGGACACAAGUGGGACAAAGACGAGAACUGAGAAGGAGACUUCUAUUGAGGGAGCAGAGAUCGUUAAAACAAAAAAAGUUGAAAAAACCGAAGCUGUAAAAACAGGAAGAUCAGAGAAGAAGACGACUCCUGAGGAGGAAACAAGUGGGAUAAAGACGAGGAGGUCCGAGAAGGAGAAGGAAACGUCUGUGGAGGGAAAAGAGUUUGUUACAACAGGAAAAGAAAAAGAUCAGAAAAUUGAGAGAAUAAAGACAGGAAGAUCUGAGAAGGAGAAGACACCUGAGGAGGACACAAGUGGGACGAAGACGAGGAGGUCUGAGAAGGAGGCUUCUGUGGAAGGAGAGAGAGUAAAGAGAAGAAGAGAUGAGAAUAAAGAACAGAAACAGGCAGAGCAAAAGAAAAGCAAACAGGAUGUCAAAGAUGGAGAGAAAGCAGAGAAAGCCCAGCCAGAGACGAGCAGCAGGACAAAAGCAACUGAAACACUGCUGAAAACUGGGAAAGAAGUUCCAGAAGAAAAGAGAGAUUUGAGGAGAGAGGAGAGUCAGAGGAAAAGGAGAAAGAAAGAGGUGGAGGAGAAGGAGACACAGAAGAGGAGAAAACGAGAUGAGGAGGAGGAAAACGAAGAAAAGUCCAGUGGACCAGAGGAGGAAGGACAGAAGGAAAUGAAGGAUGGAAGAGAGAUGACGGAGGAGGAGGAGGAGAAGGAGGACGACGAGCGACAUCACAGCCUGGUGGCGCAGAGGGAGAGCUUGUUGGAGUCCCUCAGAGACCUGAUGAAGACCAAGGAGACRACGAAGAGCUCGCAGAGGACAGGAGACACGGCGAAGACCGCCAGGACGAAGACGGGAGAGGAAGAGGAGCAGGAGGAGGAGGAGGAGGAGGAGGAGGUCGGCCCGAAGAAAAGAGACGAACAGAAGACUCGGAUGAAUGACAAAACUGAGAUGAAAGAAGGCGGUGGAAAAAUGUCCACCGGAAAGACAGAAAGGGACGAACGGAGGACGGAAAGAGACGCAAAAAUCAGAAAAACAGAGACAAUAAAAGACAGCAGUAAGAGGGACAAAGAGGAGCGCAGAGUGUCCAACCAGAGGACGACUUCAGACAGAGUGUCCAACCAGAGGACGACUUCAGAGAGAGUGUCCAACCAGAGGACGACUUCAGACAGAGUGUCCAACCAGAGGACGACUUCAGAGAGAAGACGAGCAGAGGCCAAGGAUGGACAGAAGACAAACAAAGACCAGAUGCUCUCCAGGAAGUCGUCAGAGACAAAACGUGUUGAGCAGAGGACAGGGAAGACACGAGGAUUGUUGGAGAAGGCUAGAGAAAGCAGGGGAGACAGGGAGGACAACCAAAAGACAGCAGCAGAGGUGAAAAAAGACGGAGAGAGGAUGGAGAGAACAAGUAAACUAACAGCUAAAACUAAAGAGGAGAAAAGAAGAACCAGAGGCUCGAUGGCAGAGAAGGAUGGAGGAGAGAGGACGGAAAAAGACAAGAAAACACAGGAAGACAAAGACCAACAGAAGACAGAGGAAAAGACGAGAAGUGAAGAAACGAAAGAGAAGAAAGAAGACGAGAAGAACGUUGAAACGAAGGAGCAGAAAGACGAGAGGAAAAUAAUCGGAAAGAUCGUGAAAGCUGGUCAGGGGACGAAGAUCCACGUCAAGACCAUGAUGGGAGGGACCAUGUCCGCAGAGGAGGACAAGAAGAGGGAGGACAGUUCAAACAAAAAAGAAAAGGGGACAAAAACGAGUUCGGAGAAAAGAGAGAGCUCCGAGGAGAAAAAGUCCGAGGAGGUUGAGACAAAGAAACGCUCCGAGAUGAAGGACAAAAAGGACAAGACGGUUAAAGAUGAGCAGAGGAGCAGAGCGGGAGACACGAGAAGAAAAGAGGAGGAGCAGAAACCUGAGGACAGGAAGAAGGAUACGCGGGUGGAGAAGACACCGAGGACGCUGAGGAGGAAACCCGACGACGAGAUAAAACACCACAAAACGACACCGGGACGGACGGAGGAGACAGACGCUCCGAARAAGAGCRGCGAAGAGACGAGGGCCGAGUCCAGCAGCAGAGAGGAGGACAGAACCGGACCUCUGCAGAACAAGAACUCCUCUGUGAUCGACUCCACCCUGCACAGAAUCCAUGGAGACAUCACGAUCUCCCUGAAGACGGCAAACCCUGACAUCAGGAAGUGCUUGGCGGCGUUGGACCAGCUCAGCAGGCUUUAUGUGACGUCUCAACAGGUCCAGAGGCACAGCGAGCUCAUCGCCACGCUCAGAAAGAUGCGGUUCUACCGGGCCAGCCAGGCCGUCAUGGACAAGGCCUCCAUGCUCUACAACCGCUUCAAGAACACCUUCCUGGUGGGGGAGGGCGAGGAGGUGGUGAGCGCCGCCUUCCUGCGCUCGCUGCUGGAGCAGAAGGAGAGGGAGGAGCAGGAGCGGGCGGAGCUCUGGAGGAGAACAUUUCUGAAGGAGGCGGGGCCAGACUGCUCGGAAGGAGGCGAGGCGGCAAACGACGAAUCCUCCUGAAGCUGUGUGGACACAACCAUGUCUCACCUGUACACCUGUUCACAUCAACAGUGUGGUUUUAUCCCCGGACUGGUCCGGUCCGUUUGCUUAUCGGCCUUCGUCCUCUCUUYAUUCAUCAAACUCACACAGCAUUAACCUGUGUUCUUCAUGAAGACAACACAGAUGUGUCACUACUUGUUUUCUCUUAUUUUAAAUGUUUAUGUACUACUUGUGUAAAACCCCAUUCUGAUGCUUUAAUUCAUGUGUUUCAGGUUCAGAGUUGAAGGGGCUGAUGGGAAAUGUAGUUUGUUGUUUUUCAUCAAACAAGGACUUUUUGAGCCUAAAGUUCAGAGAGCUGAUAAACCUGUUCAGCGUUUUUGUAAAAUUUGUACAGAAAGAUUUUAUUGUCUCAAACUUUGAUGUUUUUACUUUUUUUCUUCCUGUUGCUGUAUUAUAAAUCUUGUUUUUACUCCAUUUCAUAAACAAAAGUGAGUUCCCAACCUUCA